GGGACGUAACGAUAUCUUUGCGCACACGGCCGCGAGUGUCGUCGAGCUCAACCCGCUUGCACGCGCGAAAGAAAGCACGAUGAGUCGCGCUCAGAGUGGACAACCUUCGGUCUUGCAGGAGCUCCUCCUCAUCGGUUGUAGCGCCUUGCUGUCUAUGAUCGUGUUGAACUUCGGACUCAAGAGGUUAGAUCCGAACCGUCAGACGAGUAAGGCGGCAAUCGAGAGGAAAAAGGAGCUGGCGAGCCGUUUAGGACGACCUAAUUUAGACACGAACGUGUACGAGGAUGUGAUUGCGGCCGACGUCGCCAACCCAGACCACAUUGACGUGCGAUUUGAUUCCAUCGGUGGGUUGGAAGAUACGAAACAGUCAUUAUAUGAAUUGGUCAUUUUGCCUCUCAUGCGCCCCGAGCUUUUCGCGCGAGGUAAACUCUUGCAGCCGGCGAAAGGGGUCUUGCUCUAUGGGCCUCCGGGCACAGGGAAAACUUUGUUGGCAAAAGCGUUAGCGAAGGAAUCGCGUGCCUGCUUUAUCAAUGUUCGGUCGUCAACCUUGCAAAGCAAGUGGUUCGGUGACGCUCAGAAGCUCGUAUCUGCAGUUUUCACGCUGGCCUGGAAGCUUCAGCCUUCAAUCAUUUUCAUUGAUGAGAUUGACUCGUUCUUAGGUACUAGAAAGUCUGGAGAGCACGAAGCGACUUCGACGAUGAAGACCGAAUUCAUGACGCUUUGGGAUGGGUUCAACACGGAUGACAACGCGCAGGUGAUGGUGCUCGGGGCGACGAACAGGCCAUGGGAUGUGGACGAAGCAAUCUUGCGACGUCUUCCGAGAGCGUUUGAGGUUGGUCUCCCUAACACGGAGCAGCGUGCGCAGGUGCUGGCUGUGACACUCAAGGGAGAAAAUCUGGAAGCUGGUUUCAUAUCACCGAGUCAAGACUGCCCGCUGUGGAAGAUCGCAGCACAGACGGAGGGCUUUAGUGGGAGUGACUUGCGCGACUUGUGCAAACAAGCGGCAUACGGCCCCGUGAGAGAUUUCCUUCAAGCAGAAAGGAAGCAAGCGCAAUUCGGAGAAUUCGGACAGGAUACGUCUGUUGGGCCACGCGCAAUUGCGUAUUCAGAUUUUAAAGAAGUCUUGGACACCAGUCCGCCGUCGACGGAAGCUGCGUCACUCUACCAGCAGACGGAUUUCCGCAGACGAGCGGCGCGAGACGUUCGCAAUGGAGAUCGCGUCAACAACGAAAUGCAGGAGAUGCUCGCGCAGUUGAUGAAAGCUAUGGCAUCGCAGAAUAACGACGAGUCCGACGCGUUAGAUUAAUUCUUUUGGAUGU